GCCCUGUUUCUGGAUUUAAAUGCAUAUUAAGAGAGGGGUUUCAUGAAUACCGUGAUUCUUUGCUCCUCAUCAUUCCUGCUGGUUUGUACACUUUACAGACCAACCUUCUCUUUGUAUCAUUGUCCCAUCUGGAUGCUGCAACUUACCAGAUUACUUAUCAACUAAAAAUUUUAACCACGGCCUUCUUUAUGAAGCUUAUCAUGAAAAAGAAAAUUUCACUAGCCCAGUGGAUUGCGCUCGUCAUGCUUACUCUUGGUGUAAUUUUUAUCCAGUUACCUAAUUCUACGGAAGAAAAUGCGAAUUUGACGAUUAUCGGUUUGUCGGCUCUUGGAAUAGCCUGUUUAUGCAGCGGAUUUUCAGGGGUCUAUUUUGAGCGUAUCCUCAAGAAUAGUGCACCUUCCAUAUGGAUGCGAAAUAUUCAACUAGGUGAGCGAUUUAUCUUCGUUUAUGAGCUGUUAAUGUAA